CCAUUCCAAUCCCAUCCAAUCCAAACCACCGUUGACUCGAUCGACGGCGGCUCCGAUUUCUCUACAGGGGGCGACGUCUCUCCUGGAAACUUACCGGGGUGACUCGACCAGCUUCCUUAUCACUCGUAGAAUAAAAAAUCGCGAAGGCAAGGGGGCGGGGGUGGUAUGAUCUGAUGACCUUGGAAGCUCGCCUGCGUUAUCCAGCUCAGCCAGAGAAAUUCGGUUAGAGAGAUCGCCAGACAGCGGUCUCCGUGGCGCCGCUGGUUCGGAUACAAGGAGGGAAGAGAGGAGAAGAGGAGAAGGGUUUGGGAGAGGCGGGGCUGUGGCUAUGCAUCGACAGAGGGCCAUGUCGUGGAGGAAGGUGGGGAAGGCGGCGCAGGCACUGGCCGCGCACGCGCUUCUCUUCUGCUUUACCCUCUUCCUCGCCCUCAAGAUUGACGGUCGGACGCCCUACUCUUGGUGGACAAUAUUUGUUCCUCUUUGGCUAUUUCAUGCUGUUACAGCACGAGGGAGGUUCUCCUUACCUGCUCCGUCAUUGCCUCAUGAUCGCCAUUGGGCACCUUGUCAUGCUGUUGUUGCAGUACCUUUGUUAAUUGCCUUUGAACUACUUCUUUGUAUAUAUCUUCACAAUAUAAGUGUUAAUGCUGGACGUUAUAUCAACCUAAAGGUUGUGUUCCUUCCACUUUUGGCCUUUGAGAUAACCAUUCUUGUUGAUAAUUUCAGGAUGUGUAAAGCUUUAAUGCCAGGAGAUGAAGAGAGCAUGAGUGAUGAAGCUAUCUGGGAGACACUUCCUCACUUCUGGGUUGCAAUCUCAAUGGUGUUUCUCAUAGCUGCUUCCAUAUUCACCCUUCUUAAGCUAUGUGGUGAUGUUGAUGCUCUUGGUUGGUGGGAUCUAUUCAUAAAUUUUGGGAUUGCAGAGUGUUUUGCUUUCCUUGUGUCUACAAAGUGGUCUAAUCCAAUGAUCCAUAGACGUUAUCAUGGCGAAGCUUCUUCUUCAACUGCAAUUAGGUAUCGAGAUUGGAAUAGUGGUCUUCUGCUUUCUUCCAUUGAGGACCAUGAUCAGGGGGUUUGUAGUCUGCAAGACAUUGGAGGCCAUAUAAUGAAAGUUCCUAUUGUGGUUUUCCAGGUUUUGUUUUGCAUGCGCCUCGAGGGAACACCUCCUAGUGCUCGACAUAUACCAAUUUUUGCACUUUUCUCGCCAUUAUUUAUUUUGCAAGGUGCUGCUGUCCUAUAUGCUUUUUUAACAUUGGUGGAGAAGCUUGUUCUUUUACUUGAUUUUGGAACUAUUGAUACUAGAUAUCUCAGAAUUUCAUCAAAUGUUCAUGACUUCUUUGCUUUUGUGCAUCAUGGUUCAAGAUUGCUUGGUUGGUGGUCCAUUGAUGAGGAAAGCAGAGAAGAGCAAGCUCGCUUGUUUUAUACUGAAGAAACUGGGUAUAACACUUUUUGUGGUUAUCCUCCUGAGGUUGUAAAGAAAAUGGCAAAGAGGGAUUUGGCUGAGGAGGUUUGGAGACUACAAGCAGCUUUGGGGGAACAAGCUGAAAUAACAAAGUAUAGCCAACAGGAAUAUGAAAGGCUUCAAAAUGAGAAAGUGCUAUGUAGGAUUUGCUUUGAGGCAGAAAUAUGCACGGUCCUCCUUCCAUGUCGUCACCGGAUUCUCUGCAAGUCAUGCUCGGAAAAGUGCAAGAAGUGCCCUAUAUGCCGCGUACCCAUCGAGGAGCGGAUGCCUGUAUAUGAUGUUUAAGCUCCCAACACUAUACAUACACAAGUAAUUUUAAAAAUUCUCUCACUAAUUUGUGUUCAUAGCAUGACUGAUGUAUGUAAGUUAGAGAUUUUUUGGGUGUUUUAACUCUGGGCAUAGUGGCGCAUACAUGGGAUAAAAUUCUAAUCAAUAUACGUGAAAGUCCAAAUAGGUUUUCUCAAGAGCGUGAUUGUUUUACGAGUGUGUUACUUUUUGUUGUAGUCUUUGUGAUCCAGAAUUGGAAAUAUAGGAAUCUGGGCUUUAUUAUUUGGGAAUGUGUUUUUGUAUCAGUAAAUAUAUUUAAAUUGUCCUGUGAAGGUUUUAUUAAUA